GCGAUGCGCUUGGACACAGCGGCGGCAGCAGCAGGCGGGGCGCCGGCCGGGCAGGCCCACCUCCCGGCCGGACACGGCUCCGACGGCGCCGGGGACGAGCCCGAGCGGCAGAAUAAGCCGUGGAAGAAGUUGAAAAAUAUGGUGCACUGGUCGCCGUGCGUUGUGUCCUUCCGAAAACGCUACCCCUGGGUGCAGCUUGCUGGCCAUGCAGGCAACUUCAAGGCGGGGGAUUUUGGGCGCAUCCUGAAGAAGUAUUGCCCCAGUGAGCAGCAGUGCCUGGAGCGCUUGGCGUGCGACACGCUGCAGCCUUAUGUGCCGGCCUACUAUGGCAUUGUGGAGCACGACGGGGAGCCCUAUAUCCAGAUGGAGGACUUGCUGUGCGGCUUCGAUGCCCCUUCCAUCAUGGACUGCAAGAUGGGCGUCAGGACAUACCUUGAGGAGGAGUUGGAGAAAGCCAGGCAGCAGCCCUGCCCGCGCAGGGACAUGUACGACAAGAUGGUUGCCGUCGACCCGGCGGCUCCCACGGCCGAGGAGCACGUGCAGUGUGGCGUCCUGAAGCCUCGCUACAUGCAGUGGAGGGAGACGCUCAGCUCCACCGCCACGCUGGGCUUCCGCAUCGAGGGGAUCAAGAAAGCGGACGGCACCUGCAGCACCAGCUUCAAGAAGACUCAGCAGCCAGAGCAAGUGGUGCAGGCCUUCUGGGACUUCGUGGAUGGAGACAAAAGCAUUCUGCCAAGCUACCUGGAGCGCCUGCAGGAGGUGCGGCUGGCCCUGGAACAGUCCGAGUUCUUCAAGGUGCACGAGGUGGUAGGCAGCUCCCUGCUCUUCGUCCAUGACCAAACAGGCCUGGCCCGGGUCUGGAUGAUCGACUUCGGCAAGACGGUCCCACUGCCUGAGCGGCAGACCCUGACACACCGGCUGCCGUGGGUGGAGGGGAACCGUGAGGACGGCUACCUCUGGGGCUUGGACAACCUCAUUGCCAUCCUAGAGAGCAUGCUGGGAGAGUGAGCCAGCCGCGGCCCACCGGGCACCCCCGGCGCAACCAAAGACAAGGCCUGCCCCACCGGCUCGGUCCCCGUGGCCCUGCCUUUAAUUUAUUCAGCCAGAUAUGCUACCAAACCUAGGGAACCCCUGAGAAAGCUUGGAGCAGAACCGGAAGGUGGCCCGGUAGGCGCCAGAAGUGCUGCCGUUCCCACCAUUGACCCCACCCUGCAGCCUUGGGAAAGGACCCUGGUUUGGCACAGCCAGAGUUGCUGCAUCUCCAAGCUGUUUAUUCUAGCGAUGGACGUGGCUGGGGCCUCAGCUCUGCUCUGGGGUUUCUGUGUCUCUUGAGAGCCGCUGUGUGAAGCGGAGAAGACUUCCAGGGACCAAGAAGGAGCUUGCCACAGGAGCCAGGACGGAGUGGAGGUCCUUGGAGGCCCAGUUUAAACACAGGUGUCAAUUGGUGUGUCGAUCGUAGCAUUUCUAAAGACACCUCCCAAGAGCUUCUUAACAAAGACA